UUUUUUUUUUUAAAGCUUUAUUGAUAACGAGAGCCCGCACAGUCUGUUCUGUUUACCGAGGUCGAGUUCGCUUUAGAAGAGCCGCUUCCGAUACUGGCACUGCGUCUUGUGUACUGCGUUGUGUAGCGGUUCGCCGAGUGCGGUCCUGUACCGCAGCUCCCUCUGUGCCAUGCUUUUGUCUCGUUUCCGGGGUGCCCUGCUGGGGGCUCUAGUCGGAGACUGCAUAGGGGCCGUGUUUGAGACCAGGAAGUCGGUGGCUGUCCGGGCUGUGCUCGGUUUCCUGCGGGGCCUGGAGAGGAAUAAUAUUCAGAAGAGUGAAGUGCUGAUGUACACAGAUGACACCGCCAUGGCCAGAUCAGUGGUGCGGUCUUUGCUGGAGAAGCCUCCAUUUGAUGAAAAGGAUCUUGCUCACAGAUUCACCACAGAGUACUUCAAUGAUCCAGACCGUGGUUAUGGCAUGGGAGUAGUACAUGUGUUUGAAAAACUUCAGAGUGGAGAGUACCACAGUGUGUUUACUCCAGCUAAGGAGCAGUUCAAUGGAAAAGGCUCUUACGGAAAUGGGGCAGCCAUGAGAGUAGUCGGCAUUCCACUGGCAUUUCCUAAUGUCCAGGAUAUUAUAAAGUAUUCUAAAAUCAGUGGAGAACUGACGCAUGCUUCAUCACUGGGCUACAAUGGGGCCAUCCUUCUGGCUCUUGCGGUGCACUAUGCUCUUCAGGGGAAUUUGAGUCGCGACUCUUUUCUGGAGCAUCUUCUGAGAAACAUGAAGGAAGUAGAAGCAGAUGAAAAGUCUCGGAGUGAUGCUAUGGAACUGGAGCUUGGAGAGUUUCCAUACUGUAACAGACUAAAGAAGAUUAAGGAAUUUUUAGAUAAAGGAAAUGUGUCCUGCAAAGAAGUGGUGGAUGAACUUGGUCAUGGCAUUGCUGCUUUGGAAUCUGUUCCCACCGCAAUCUACUCUUUCCUGCGCUGCAUGGAUCCAGUGGAUGAUCUUCCCAAGGAGAUGAACAGCUUGCAACGCACUGUUAUCUACUGCAUCACACUAGGUGGAGACACUGAUACUAUUGCAACAAUGGCUGGAGCUAUUGCUGGUGCUUACCAUGGAGAAGAACAGGUUCCAGAAUUAUGGAAAAAGAACUCGGAGGGGUACCAAGAUGCAGAAAAUUGGGGUGAACAACUGUGGGAAUUGUACAACUCUCGGCUACCUUCCUGAGUGACCAAAGGGACUUCUAGAAAUGUCUGGUGCCUCUGAAUACAGGGUGAAAAGAGCUGAAGAAGAAAGACUGAAGUAGUUCUUAUAUUGCAGUGGCCAGUACUGUUAAGGGAUUGACAAAGUGUACUGUGUAAUCCUAUUGGCUCUUGGCAAUAUGGAAGCGUUUCUGAACCACACAUUAUAUGUGGCUAUCCAAGGUUUUGGUAAAUCACUGUUUAAUAACCUAAUGUGUACUAUCCAUUGAUAAUGGUCUUGUAUAACCACAGAGUGGUGUUUCUCUUUUUUGAGGUGAUUAAACAAUGACCUUUCAUUUAAUCUUGUCUGUAUUUUGGUAGGGUUUGACUUGUAUUUUGGUAGGGUUGUGAAUCAAGAAGUCUGGUAAUUGGCACAGGGGACUAGUAGUGCUUUGGCUGCCCUUUCAUAAACCGCAGGCUCACUGAAGAGAAGAUAUAUCAUCAGUGUUUCAUUUAGCAGGUCUUGAGAAAAAAUGCUGACUUGAAUCCAGUCUAAAUAACAUUACCUGCCAGGCUUACUUAAUUUAACGUUACUAAAAAUAUUUCUCCUUCACCCCAUUGUUCCUCUAGGAAUACUGUAAAAUCCCCCAAGCUGCCUUUUACCUCCCAAAAGUGUAGAGUUAAAAUGAAAUGUGCUUUGACUAGGUGUAAAUGGUUUUCCGCUUGCUGGGUCAAUUGGCAUUUGGAAUUGGAAUAUUUCCCUUUGUUUUUCUGUCUAUAAUCCGAAAACCUUGCAUUCGAUAGACAUAUAAAAUUUUAAAUGACAGGGAUUUCCUGGAGCUAGCAAAACAAUCUAUUCAAUAUAGCAUUGCAUUUGCACUGUACCGCUCCUGCAGUAGUCAGCUGAUUUAGUCCUUUCUAGUUAAUAGACAACAGUGCCAUUGACAGAGUUACAAAAUGCCACUUGAUCUAUGCAUAGUGUCAGUUAGAGCAGAACAAAUGGAUAUUUAUGAGGUGGAGAAAGUGGCAAUGUGUGAACAUUGGUACUUAUUUUCAGUUAUUAUGGCACAUUUAUCAAAUAUAAUGUAAGCACCUAUAUAUUAUUACAGUAACCUAAAAUCCAACACGCCAGUGCAAGCGCUUGACAAAUAUCUGUCAAAGUUGGUUAGCAUCUGACGUUAUCUUUUGUGUCACAAAAGGGGAAUGACCAAUGACAACAGAUUGUCUGAAUAUGUUCUUGCAGGCAACUAGUAUUCUAAAGCUACCCAGGGACAUGGCUUUAACACUUAAAUUGCUUUUAAACCCAAUCCCUCCAUACACAUGCAUGUUUGGCUUGGCCAAGUAGGGGACUUCUUGGCCUCCUUUAUGUGCAAUCUUAUAGUGGGAGAAUGCAGGUACGUAGUAACACAAAAAUUACAGAUUUGAAAUCAUUGCCUUUUAUUAUUUACUGAUGAGAAGGAGGUUAAAGGUAACAGCGUUUCUUUAAACUAAAUAAAAAUAGUUACUUAAUGGUUUUCUGUGCAAAUAGUCUUUUUUAGUUGUCCCAUGUUGGAUAGAGCCAGUCAAAAGCUUCAAGUCUACAAAAAAUGUAAGCUGCUUGCCUAGAAACUCAGAGAUUUGAUGUCAGGAUACAGCCAAAAAUAUUUUUUUCCUAUUUGAUGGGCCAGCAGUUUACUGAUCCCGAUUAAAGUUGAAACAUGAAUUAAUGUAAAAGCAUAUAAGAAGCAAAUACGGUAUUUAAUAUCACUAUCUGUUUUCAUUUUCUGUUUGUUUAUUUUUCUAUUUUCGGUACAUGAAAGGUCAAGAAGGGGCAGUCAUCUUAACUAGGCUUCUUGGGCCUUUAGAACCAUGUAGUCUGGAGGGAUUUUUCCCACAGGAACCAAUCACAGCUCCGCUUCAUAUCUAAACAAGCUCUGGUAAAGUGAAAGCCGAGUUGUGAUUGGUUGCUGUGAGGAAAAUCUUUCUAGCUUAUAGAACCAACGCAGUCAAGGGUUUUGGCCCAGGACCACAACAGAAUGAAGAAAAACUGCAACACUCCAAUUGGUGAUGGAAAAAAAGUGGUUUAUUGCAUCAUAUGUCAACAAGAAAAAGCAUGUUUCAACCCCCUCCCUUAACUUUUCUUAACCACUACAGGACACAGGACGUACCCAGACUUAGAAGCAAGCGCAGUAAAAAUAAAACCCCUCAAAAGUUGCUUGUUUUCUGCAAAAAUGGCAGCAUCCUCAAGGCCAAUAUGGGCUGUGUCCUUAAGAGGCUAAAAAAAACGUUCCCACCAAUAGUGCGUAAAAAUCUUCAAUUCUUGUGAUGCAGUGAUAAAAACAUUUAAUUGGGGAUGGAUAUUUUAUCACUCGCAUCAACACUGUUGCUUAAUCAAUGCAGCCGAGUUUACAUUCUGCAUCCUGGCUAAGCUGGCUUUAUAAUGGUCAUUUAUCACAGUGCUCUCUGCUGCCACCUCUGUCCAUUUCAGGAACUAUCCAGAGCAGGAUAGGUUUGCUAUGGGGAUUUACUCCUGCUCUGGACAGUUCCUGACAAGGACAGAGGUGUCAGCAGACAGCAUUGUGGUCAGACAGAAAAGAACUUCCUCUGUAGCAUACAGCAGCUGAGAAAUACUGGAAGGAUUAAGAUUUUUAAAUAGAAGUACUUUGCAAAUUUGUUUAACAUUCUGGCAAAAAAAAAAGUGUUUUCCACCGGCAUACUCCUUCAACCCCUUAACAACCACGUCCUGGUGCGGCGGUACUUAGCGCACCAGGACGUAUAUUUACGUCUUGUACAUGACCGCGAGCAUCAAAGCGAUGCUCAGAUCAUGCGCGGCUGGUCCCGGCUCCUGAUCGCAGCCAGGGACUUGCCGGUAAUGGCUGACAUCCGCGAUCGCACGGGUGUCUGCCAUUAACCCCUCAGAUGCUGUGAUCAAUACAGAUCGCGGCAGUGCGGUCAGAAAUAUGGAACAUCGGCGCAAGAAGGUUCCCUCACCUGCCUACCGCCUUCCACGGGUCUUCUGCUCUGGUCUGAGAUCGAGCAGACAAGAGCAGAAGAUGACUGAUAACACUGAUCAGUGCUAUGCCCUAUGCAUAGCACUGAACAGUAUUAGUAAUCAAAGGAUUGCUAUAAAUAGUCCCCUAUGGGGACUAUUAAAGUGUAAAAAUAAAAAAUUUUAAAUGUCCUUUUUUCCCAUUUUACCCCCAUAAAGGGUAAAAAAAAAAAAUACACAUAUUUGAUAUCGCCGCGUGCGUAAAUGUCCGAGCUAUUAAAAUAUAAUGUGAUUGAUCCCGUACGGUGAAGGGUGUGAAUGUAAAAAAAAAAACACAAAAUUGCUGCUUGUCACAUUUUAUUCAAAAUAAAUAUUAAUAAAAAAAUGUAUAAAAGUUUUAUAUAUACAAAUGUGGUAUUAAUAAAAUGUACAGAUCAUGGCGCAAAAAAUGAGCCCUCAUACUGCCGCUUAUAUGGAAAAAUGAAAAAGUUAUAGGUCGUCAAAAUAGAAGGAUUUUAAACAUACUAAUUUGGUUAAAAAGUUUGCGAUAUUUUUUUUAUUUAAGCGCAACAAUAAUAGAAAUGUAAUCAUGGGUAACAUUUUAAGCGUAUUGACCCACAAAAUAAGUAAUUUUUACCGUAAAUUGUACGGUGUGAAAACGAAACUUUGCAAAUUUGCGGUUUACUUUUUAAUUUCCCCACACAAAUAGUAUUUUUGGUUGCACUAUACAUUUUAUGGUAACAUGAGCCCUCAUACUGGUCUGUGGAUGAAAAUAUAAAAGAAUUACAAUUUGAGCUUGGUCCUUAAGGGGUUAAUCACUGAUCAGUGGGGGUGUCAAGCAUUGGACAACCACUGAUCUAAUGUUGGUGACCUAUUUUGAGGAUAGGCAUUAAUUUUGUAUGGUUGAAUGGCUCCUUUUAACAAUCCCAAAUACUAUCAGGUACUGUGUUCGGAGGAGGGUUCCUGCAGGGCAAAAGGCAAGAUGUUUGAAACUGAAUCUGCUUAUAAAGCAUCUCAUUCUGGAUAAAUAGCAUUACAUGUUUUAUUUUAUAAUAUUACAUUUAAAGAGGCUGCACACCAGGUACAAAAGUAACGCAUAUUCAGGAGUGUCAUAUGACUGUCAACUAAACCCCGCCACUGACUGGGAACACAAUGACAUAAUAAUCUUUCCUAACAUGGUAAUCCACCCACAUGCCCUGAGCUAACCUCUGUCCAUCUGUGACUGCUGAAUAAAAUCUGUUUGGCUAUGUCUGUAGUUUGCUACCUCCCUUAUUUUUCCCUACGGCUUCUUGCAGCUUUGCCAUGUUAAGAAUCACUUGCCAUAGCAAUGAAAAGCUGUUUCUUUUUUCCUAUCUUUUGAGCAGUACUUCAAAACAACAGUUCUAAUUGGAUGUUUUUUCUUUCUAGCAUUUGUUAUGAUUCUUCAUAAAUAUAGCUUAGGACUAAAAUACAGUAGCAGUCAAGGUAUGUUCCACAAUACAUACUAUGUGUACUAUAGUACCAGAAGGUACCAAACUUUUUUCCUUCAUUAUAAACGUUAGGGUAUUUACCAAAACCUGUGGAAAAGUUGACCAAUUGCCCUUAGCAACCAACCAGAUUUUCUUCUUUAAUUUUUCAAAAAGAUCUCUGAGGAAAAAAAGCAAUCUGGUUGCUAUGGGCAACUGCAUCACUUUUCCACUGCAUUUGUUUUAAUAAAUCUUUUUCUAUUAACUUACACUUGAUGCUGAUCAAAGAGAUCCAGCUCUUCAUGUGCCAAUAAAGAGGACUCUUUAGUGUACAGAUAAGGGUGCGUUCACAUGGCUGUCUGUCCCUGUUCUUUUAUCCCCGUUUCAGUUCCGUUUACAUCCCUGUGCACCCGUUUGCACUCCUUUCCAUUUUUUUCAUGGAAGAAAAAAACGGCACAUGCAGUAUUUUUUCUUCCGUGAAAAAAACGGAAGAAAACACGGACAUCAUUUAACAUUGAAGUCUAUGGCAAACGGAUGAACCUUUAAUGUCAUCCGUUUGCACCCGGGUUUAAAAUAUCUGUAAUUACAUCUGAGCAUGCUCAGAAGAGGUGACGUCAGCAGACUCCUACAGUGUUGUGGGACUACUACUACUCCCAUCAUGGAAACAAGUCUGUUCCAUGAUGGGAGUAGUAAUUCCCCAGCUGCGGGAGUCUGCCGGUGGCUGGGGGGACUACAUUAGUGUUUGUGCUACUAUCCCCAUCAUGGAUCAGAC